UUAAUUCGCAUAAAAAUUUCUAUUUCUCUUAUUCGACGGUUCUUCCUGGCUCGUUCUCCGUCCGAAGGGGAGCACAGAAUCCCCGUCACACGCGCCGCGCGUGCAAUCGUUUCUCCUCUGGCUCCCUCUAGCGGCGGAAGUAAGAGCUGAGCCUAGGGUUUCUUCGAUAACUCUUUGCAGGCGACCAAGGAAGAAAGAAAGGGCGGGUAUCUCAAAUUUUCUUCCUAUCUCGACCUAAUUCCUCUACUCUUCGAGUUCCUUGGCAUAGUGUAGUUGGCUUAAGGAUCGCUGAUCUGCUCUACAAAGACGAGCUUGCCAUGGCUGCUGCUGAGGCUGCUCAAGCGUCAGCAGGUCCGAGCUUUGCCCCAGAAGAUCCAACUCUCCCAAAGCCCUGGAAAGGGCUUAUUGAUGGAAGUACUGGUGUCUUAUAUUAUUGGAAUCCUGAAACAAAUGUUACCCAAUAUGAGAAACCAGCUGGUUCUGCACCUCCACUUCCUACGGCUCUUCCUUCUUCAGUGUCAAAGCUGAAUGCUGCUCCCAGUCAAGCCACCCAAACCAUACCAUUAAAUGGGUCUUUACCUCAACAACAUUCUGGGCAGCAAACUCUUCAGCAGCCAUAUCAACUUGUGCAGCAACAGCAGCAAAGUCAGCCACAAAUGCCGGUUCAACAAUCAGUUCAGCAGAUACCGUUCCAGCAAUUGCAGCAACUACCAUAUCAACAACAGCAACCAAUGCAAAAUCAACAACCCAUGCAGACUUUGCAGCAGCCUUCAGCGCAUUAUUCACAGCUUCAGCAACCGCCAUAUCAGCAAAUUCCAUACAUUCAAGGGCAAAUCAUGCCACGCCCCCAAGGACAAUUUCCAUAUCAACCAGGGCAACAGCCACAAGCUUUUCAGUUUCCAUACCAGCAAGGUCAGCAGUUACCGGGACCAAAAUUCUCACAAGAUUCAACUGGGCAGCAGCCUUCGGAGCCUCAAGUUGGUUAUCAACUGGGGCAACAGCUUCAAGGGCCCCAGACUUCACAGCAGCAGAGCCAACCAUUGCCAGUUCUACGGGACACACAUGAACAAGGACAGAACACACAGAGUCAACAUACUGCACAGCAGCAGGGAAUGCAGCCACAUGUGCCACAAGUGCCACAAUUCUUUAGACAACAGGAGAUGCUUCUACAAGGGCAGCAACCUUCACAGCAGCAGUCACAACAAAUUGGGUUUACAGGAGUGGGGGAUGCCGGGCAUCAAGAGACAAAGGUGGCAAGUCUUUCCCCAUCGAUGGUCCAACAACCUGCCAACUCUCAAUCAUCAGGCUUACCUGUACAUGCCCAGAUUCGACAAUCUGGAGCUAAUAUAUUCCAACCACAGCUGCAGUCUCAGCUUGGUGGGCCGGGCCCUCUUAACCACAAACAAGCUGGCAUGAGCCAAUCACAUCAGAUGACUGGGGAAUCUAGCCGUCAUCAAAUGCAAACAGGAAGCUCCAUGUUUCCUAAUCAAAUGGGACAAUCGAUGCCUCAGCCUCUUAUGGGUUCAAAAACUGGUUAUGAAGACGACCAUCAUGAUAGAGGAGGAAGUGAAUUUUAUUCCUCUGGUAGGGUUGAGGGACCAAUGAUGCAUUCAUUACAGCCUAAACUUGCACCACUUCCCAUUCCACAAAAUAAACAGGACUUGAGAGUGGGCGCCAUUCCUCCUAAGUUCCUCUCUCCAGGUCAUGCUGGUGGUUCAAGCAUGCGACCAGGGAAUGCAAUGCCCAACACAUAUAGUCAUGCUACCUUCCCAAAUGCAAGUCCAGUGAGACCACCUCCAAGAAAGUUUGGAGCGCCAGAUUCUCCAAAUAUCUCAGUUGAUGCAUAUCGCCAGCGUCAUGAAGUUACAGCAUCGGGAGACAAUAUUCCAGCCCCAUUUAUGACAUUUGAAGCCACUGGAUUCCCUCCAGAGAUACUGAGAGAGAUACAUGCAGCUGGUUUCUUGUACCCCACACCAAUACAAGCACAAACUUGGCCGGUUGCUUUGCAGAAUAGAGACAUAGUGGCCAUUGCCAAAACUGGUUCUGGAAAGACGCUUGGCUAUGUCAUUCCUGCUCUAAUACAUCUUAGUAGAUGCCGGAAUAAUCCCCAGCUUGGUCCUACCGUGUUGAUAUUGGCUCCAACUCGUGAGCUUGCAACACAGAUACAAGAAGAAACUUUGAAGUUUGGUCGAUCUUCACGAAUUUCCUGCACAUGCCUCUAUGGGGGUGCCCCAAAGGGCCCUCAGUUGAAGGAUAUUGAACGGGGUGUGGAUAUUGUUGUGGCAACACCUGGUCGGCUUAAUGACAUUAUUGAAAUGGGGAAGAUAAACUUUCGGCAGAUAUCUUUUCUUGUGCUUGAUGAAGCAGAUAGAAUGCUUGACAUGGGUUUUGAACUUCAGAUCCGUAAGAUAGUUAAUGAGAUACCUCCACGAAGACAGACUCUGAUGUAUACUGCUACUUGGCCUAUGGAAGUAAGGAAAAUAGCUGGUGAUCUGCUCGUAGAUGCUGUGCAGGUUAACAUUGGCAGCGUUGAUGAGCUUGUUGCCAAUAAGGCCAUCACACAGUACGUGGAAGUGUUGUCCCAAAUGGACAAGCAGAGAAGGCUUGAACAAAUUCUUAGAAGUCGGGAACGGGGAUCCAAGGUCAUCAUCUUUUGCUCCACUAAAAAGCUCUGUGACCAGCUUGCCUACAGUAUUGGCCGCCCCUUUGGUGCUAUUGCCAUUCACGGAGAUAAGUCUCAGCAGGAAAGGGACAAUGUUUUAAACCAAUUUCGCACUGGAAGAUUCCCAAUUCUUGUUGCUACAGAUGUUGCCGCCCGUGGACUCGACAUUAAAGAUAUCAGGGUAGUUAUCAAUUAUGAUUUCCCAAAUGGGAUCGAGGAUUAUGUCCACCGCAUAGGUCGCACUGGCAGGGCUGGCGCUACAGGAGUAUCAUAUACCUUCUUUACCGAUCAAGAUUGGAAGCAUGCCCAUGAACUAGUGAAGCUACUUGAGGGUGCAAACCAAGGCGUUCCGCCGGAAGUCCGAGAAAUGGCUGUUCGUUCCGGCCCCCCUCCCCAAAGAAUUCCCCAACAUGGUGGAAUGAACCGUUGGGAUUCUAGCGGUAGCAAUGGUGGAGUUCGAGCGGACCAUAGUGGUGGUCGAGGCAUGAGGGAAUUUGGUCGUGGGGGUGGCAAUGGUCGAGGAUUUGGUGGACAUGGUGGUCGGGGCGACUUCCAUGUUGAUGGGCGUGGGGGGAACAGGGGUCGUGGGUUUAGUAGGGGAGGUUGGGGUGGUAGGCAUGACCGAGGCGGUCCACGUGAUCGUUUUCAAAGCUCCGAUGGCCGUGGUCAUUAUGAAGGUGGAAGAGGUAGGGGGAGAUAUGGAGAUAGGAUCAGAGACCGAAGUCACAGUCGCAGUCCUGAGAAAAGCAGAACUUGGAAAUACAAUCGGAGUAGGAGCUCCAGCCGCAGCCGUAGCCGGAGCAGGAGCAGAAGUAGGAGUUGGUCUCCUAGAAGCCCUAGUCGGAGUAGGAGCCCUAGUCCUAAUAGGAGCUAUCGACCUCUACCUGAGGGCCGUCGCCGUCGGGUAUCUGGAUUUGAUGUUCCCUUGUCACAAGUUUCAGCAGGGGUUGGACUUCACGAGCCAGAGGCUCCAAAUAGAAUCUCAGGAUUCGAGGCUCCCCCCUCAUCAACUCCAGCAGCUGGUAAUGUAGUUCCUGAUUCAAAGCCCCAGAUUUCUGGAUUUGAUCCACCCCUUGCAGGUCAUCAGAUGUCGCCGAGGUCAGCCGGACAUGCCAAUGGAACGUUCACAGGAGCUGAGAUUGGUAAUUAGUUGGCAAUGACUUGUUUGUGUUGUGUUUGAACGAUUUAAGUUAAUAUAUGCUGCUUAAUUUGUAUGGCCUUUGAUGAAAUGAGAAGUAGAUAAAAACUCCUCGCUCUGAAAGUGUACACUCACUACAAGAAUGGAGUUGCAAAGUUUGGAACAGAAAGGCAGGUCUGAAAAUUUUAAUUUGGCGCUAGCUGAGGUUUCAGUCUGUCCAUUCAUACAUUUUGUUUUAGAUGUAUUCUUUUUUUUUUCUUUUUUAAUUUCUUUGUUUCUAUUUUGAUGUUAAGCUGAUAUUGGAAUCCUGAGGAUGGAGAUGUUAAGGUUAUCCCUUGCUAAUAUUGUACGAUUAUUACUCUUAUAAACUUGUAUUUUAGUGACAAAUUAAGUUGCUGCUCCUUUUGCUGGUUGAGAAACUAUCUUUU